GUCUCUCUCAGCACAGCAGGGAAUUAGGCAAAGAUGAAUAGAGUUAGAGUAAGUAGUACUUUUGUUAUCAACCUCUGUGGCUGAUCGGCACAGGAUCUUGAUACUGCUCUUUUGUUUGUUGUUCUUCACGGUAGAGAACGCGCACGGCGAGUGUGCUCGCGAACUGGGGUCUCAGCGGAUCUUGGAGGGAAGUGACAGUUGCAAUAUGAUACGCCGACCUCUUCUUUCAUUGUUUCGCGCGAACACGUCAGGCAAGAACUGCGAGAAGACGAGCCCAUGUAUGCACCCAAGCUGUGGAAGACACGAAACCUACCAGGUUGCGACAAUUGGCAAGGUUUCGCUGGCACUCUGCAGCGCUUCGGAAGCGGAAACUUCGGAAUCAAAGCAAACGGAUCCUGUGAUCCGAAGCGCAUCGCCGGUGAAAAGGAAAACUGCCAUCAAGUGACUGAAGCGGAGACUUGCAAUAUGGCGACCGUCCAGUUUAAGAACGUUGCAUGCGAUUGGAUCCCUAUGGCGUCAUGCAAGUGGGAUGAGACGAUGUCGAAGUGUGUCACAUCUUUUGAUGAUUGUGAUACAUACAAUGAAGAUGUAAAGGACGAGACGGGCGAUUUUUGCGGGCCGGAGACCCAGUACGCAUGCACCUGGCAGGAGCAUGGAGCUGCCAACGGGUCCGGAGUUUGCCGUCCGGUCGGCGGGGAUGAAGAUUUUUCGUGGACAUGGGACGAGACUCUCGUCCCUGUCGACUGGACAUGGCAGCCACGAAACCUCAUGGAACUUCAACACAAAACCUCUUUAGGCACGUGCCUUGUAUAAAAUAUUAAUGCGGCGACUACGUGUGCUGUUGUGUUUUUCAUUUUCAGUCUACGCGUCUCAGUCUCUGUUGCAAACUCAUUCUCAGUCUUUGAUUAAGUUUUGUUUACAUAUUUUGCAAGGCGAGAAACUACAUAUGUCGCAAUACGACACAAGUACUAGAUAAACUUGAUGUCGAUUGAAGAUUAUGUGGCAAAUUUUCAGAAACCCACGCAAAUUUUUGCACUGUCCUGCGCACUGCAAUUGGUGCCGAGCCAGCUCAAUCAAAUCAUCACUGUAAAGCGAUUUCUGGCAAAUGCAAAACUACUUCGAGCUUCAUCCAUGUAUGUUUUCAGCAUAGCGAGCAAUCUGUCUUCUACUUCUUUCACGCUGCAGAAUCAGUUACAAUACACUACCGCACGACUUCUACUUACUUAUCACGGCCUACUUUCAGUCUUGACACAGUCACGACCUGGAACCUAAGCGAGCACGCUUCACCACCCCAGUGUUGCGCAAUAAAGCAUCCCGAUCUCCCCGUACUUUGUAACGUUCGCUAAAGCCGCGCGGAAUACUAGUAGCCCUAUUGAAUACAGGCCAGAGGUGGAGUGCCAUCCAGUUGGCGGCUCACGCGACUCGUUUUUAUUUUUGCCUCCCGAUCUUUUUGCUUUUUAUUGUACUGCCCAAAUGUCUCUACUUGCAAAAAGAGAAAAAAUAUGCUCUUCAACAACGUAGUUUUCAGCGAAUGCAAUGUCUCCAGUCACGGCUUUUCCCUUUUGAGCCAAAGAUGAAUAGCGGAGACAU